AUGGGGACGCCACCCAAUACUUCCUGCGCCAGAAGAGUACUCUCGUGCGCGCGGUGUAGGAAACGCAAGAUCAAGUGCGACCGUCGUUUGCCAGUUUGUACUCAAUGUGAGACCACGAACCACCAGUGCACGGGUGUCAGCACCAUUGACAGUAAUGCUCAUGUACCACGAAGCCUGGUUCAGUUCUUGGAGUCCCAAAUUGCUCAAUGGGAAAUUGAAAUCCAAGCUCAUAAAGAGAAUGACCUUGUCGAUAGCCAUGAUGCACUCCCUCGGGGAGUCGAAGAUCCAUGGGCAUGGUCGUCCGCAGCCGCCGGAUCGUACGAAGAAUUGAGUCAACCACAUCCCCAAGAUGACCUCGAAUCAAAUAUCAUUCGCAGCUCGGAAUUUCGCUCCAUGAUAGGAGCAACCAUGCCAACUGAUCCGGCGUUGACCGACCUUGUGUCUCGUGUUCGUAUGGGAUUGACACCAUCAGCUGUGCUUCCAUCCGUCACAGGCCAAAGCCCUGAAUCUCGUCGUGUCCCUGUUCCGGCCAGCUCGGGAGACGAAAGUGUUGAUGUAUCGACACUCUCAACUCUACCUGAACAUGUCUUGCAUACUUUGGUUCGGAAAUAUAUUCGUCACAUAUUUCCAAUCUCCCCAGUCAUGUCUCAGGUCGAAAUCAAUCAAAAUCUCGAUCUGGUCCUGGCAACCAUGCGCGAAUUGAGGACCAAGACAACCGCGAAGAGAGUGAGACCUUCCUUUCACUUCCUCGCCAUAUACUUGAUACUUGCAAUCUCCUCGACACUUGGAUGUGCUAAAACUCAGCAUGAGUCCCGCUGCCUUGCCUUCUCUGAGGUUCUAUUUCAAGAAGCGAUCUCGCACCUGUCAACAAGCCUGUCGUACCCGACAGAUCUCGCCAGUCUUCAGGCAACUUUAUUGAUCCUUCAAUACGCCGAAAUUAAUCCGAAAUGUGCUAACAUCUGGAUCUUGAAUGGAGCGUCCAUGAGAUGCUGCCUUGAACUCGGCCUUCACAGGGAACCGGUUCGAUCAGUUGAGCUUGAUAGAGACACAAUCGAACUUAGGAGAAGACUGUUUUGGGCGGCAUAUUGUAUGGAUCGGACCAUAUCGCCAGCCGUUCAACGACCGUUGUACAUUCCAGACGCAAUCAUCAAUGCAAAUUUUCCUCAAGGAGCAUCCGAAUCCCCCGAGGAAUCGUCGAUUCCACCAAAACAAGUCACAUUGGACUGGACCAGAUACUGCAGGAUUCAAUCAGAGAUUACAGAGGUUCAUUUCCAAGAAAAGCCGUUAGAUCGGGACUGGCAAGAUUGGCUCGCUCGAGUGGAGGGAAUGUUACGCCGUUGGUAUCGUGACAACCAAUCCGUCGAUAAUGCAGUCGAAUUUGCUUAUGCUCAUGGACUCGCUCGCAUUCAUCGACCUUCGCCACGAAAUCCAAUGCCGUCCCCGGAGAGCCUAGUGACGGCGUUCGAGGCCGCUUGCAGAUCUGCGCGACACAACCGAGAAUCUAUUCUGAAUGGUUUCCUGCGAAAGCCGUGGUUGGCCGCCCAAAAUACCGCCGAAAGUGCCAUGGUUGCAAUCUUUUGUCUACGACAUGCCUUCGAGGGGAUUGUUACCAGAUACACCGCCGAGGAAAUUUUUGAAAAGACCAAAAUAUUCACAUCAAAUUUGUUGGCUCUAGCAGCUCAUGGAUGGCCAGAAAUCUCCACCUUUGCGGCGAGCUUUGAACGUCUUCUGGCGCCUUUGAUCACUGGUGUUUUGAUGAAGAUGUCAACGCAAUCGCUCAUUUAUCCGCCCGCUCUCGAUGCGGAGCUGAACAAGUUCCUGCUUCCUACGUCAACCUACAAUGAAACUUACUUCGGGAUCGGAUUUUCGACAAAUUUACCAGAUCUGGGCAACAUGGGUGGCAUCACUAACGAUAAUCUGAACUGGGACGAGGCCUUCUUGGAGACUCUGGCUAGCAAUACUGACAAAUACAGCUGGGGGGAUUUUAGCAAACCAGAUGACCUAUUAGUGUCAUUCACAUAA